AUGUCUCAUUUAGCAGCCGUCGUUUCCGCACCCAAGGCUCCCCUAGAGGUCCAGGAGAUCGAAACACCUCAACCUGGGCCCGGUGAGCUCCUUAUCAAAAACGAGCUCAUUGCACUCCUGCCAAUUGACGCGAAGAUAGCGAGAUUCGCAAUGCUUCCUAUCAAGUACCCAGCUGUUCUCGGCAAUUCAUUUGCCGGCACCGUCAUUGGAGUUGGCGCCGAUGUUACCGGCUUUGAAAUUGGCGACAAGGUUGCCGCGGUCAAGGCGGCCGGGACUACCGGGAACAAAUACAGCGCCUUCCAGAGAUACGCGGUCAGUCGCGCGCUUACGGCUACCAAACUACCGAGCGAUGCCGCCCUCGACACUGCAGUCCGCCUGGUGGGUAACUUGGCCACCGUUGUUGCUCUGCUCAAUGCGAGUUUGGAGCUGGUAAGACCCAGUUCCGGCAUUUCAGCACAACUCCAAGGCAAGAAAAUCUUGAUAUACGGAGGGACUUCCAGCGUAGGUAGUCUGUCGGUCCAGUACCUCACGCAAGCUGGGUAUGACGUCGUCACAACUACCUCCCCCCGACAUGAGGCUUUUGUAUCCCGUCUCGGCGCCUCUCAAGUCGUCGACCACACCCAGCCCUUCGAGACGACUAUCAACGAGCUCGUUGAGGCAGGCCCUUACGAUAUUGUUGUCGAUUCCAUCUCGAAUUCGGAGACCAUCAAGAUCACGGGAGAAGUUCUUGCAGCGCAAGGAGGAGGAAAGAUUUAUGCACUGCAGCCCGCGUUUGCCCCUGAGGCCCUGCCUGCUGGUGUGACCCGUAAAUUUGAGAGUUGGCCGCUGCUGCUGGGCAAAGAAGAGCACGCAGAGUUACUCGAGUGGACCUUCGGCACAUACUUUCCGCAGGCUCUUGCCCAUGAGAGUCUGAUCCCUGUCUCCGCGAGAAAGAUCCCUGGCGGACUUGCCGGAUUGGACCACGCAUUGAACGUGCUGAUCAAGGGAGUCAGCAGCGAGAAAUUGAUUGUGGACCCUUGGGAAUAG